AUGGCGAAGCAGAGGCAUGGAUGCAUUGUGGCCAUUAGGCGACGGGGCCUUUUUAGGGCAGACAGCUGGUGGCGCAUGUCACAGCUGCAGUUUGGAGCUCUAGAGCUCUCACAGAGCCAGGACUUUGAAAGUGACUUUGUGCCCAGUGAAGGAGAUGCUAGGCACCAGUUUCACCCUGGAGCUGCUAUCCCUUCCAGACCUGUGAAGAACAAUAUUAAAGAUGGUGACUUGAGGAACAAUUCCUCCCCUCCCCUCUCUCUAGAGCUGUGUGGGGACAGCAUAGAAAGCGGCUCCAGCACCAAAGCUCACAGUGGUUCAGAAGGGCAGCACGAAAAUUCUGAAAGAACUCUACAAGAAACAGAAGAGCAUACUAGAAAACAAAUGCCAGUCUGUGACCCCACUAAAACUGAGAAAUCCCUUGAUUCUGGUCACGAGGAGUCAGAUAUCAUAUCAACUCAGGAAGAGCUGUUUCCUGGGAGCAAUGAAACAGAGGCUGGCUGUCUGAUAACCAGGGUGGAAGAGGGGAGUUCUCUGGCGUGCACCCCUGCCCGCAGUCUGCAGCUCCUGCAGCUCUCUGGACAGGGAUCCCUUGUACAGGAGAGUCGUUCCAUUGUCUCCUCAGACUCAGUUAUUCCUCCUGUCGCCUUUGGCUCCAGUGCUCUUGUCCCCAGCAGUCCUACUGAACAGCAGCAAACAAAAGAUGAACGGAUGGAUGUAUCUAGCCCUGCAGAAGGAAGAGAGCUGAUGCAGAAGCAGAGGGAUACACUCAUGGAGAUGACCAUUUCAUGUGUCCCACCAGCACCCCUUGUCAUACCUCAGGCUUCCACCCCGGUGUCCCAGAGUGCCCCCACCUUCUCUCCUGGAGCCGUGCCUGUCCCGUCCCAGCCGGAGUUCUCUCACGAUAUCUUUGUUCCAACUCCGAGCCCAGAGAAGAAGCAUGAAGGAGAAGUAAAAGCUGGUGCUUCAGCCCGUCCAUGCUUAGCAGAUCUCUCUGGCUGCACAGAUGCUUUGUCGAAGGUGUCUACAGGGGACCCUGUGUCACAGCCUUCCGAGUCCUGUAAGCUGAUGCUUUCUGCAAGUGAGGGUAGCCAGCCCACAGACAGAGAGGUCAGCUCGGGCUCUCUGAGUGUGGGCCAAGACAGCGAAACCACCCAGGCCGAGAUUUCUGAGUGCCAGGCCUCAGGCUUGGGGCUCUGCUCCAUGGAGAAUGACAGCAUGAAACUGAGGCUAGAUGCAGGUGAUGAAGCUGACUCUGAAAACUGUGGAAAAGCAGAAAAGGAGGGUUUAGAGACUGCAGGAAAGCCUGUGAUGCAGUUAGUUAGUGCAGACUUGGAAGGAAAUGGGUCAUUAGCCCCUACAGCUCCUCAGGAAAUGGAGUGUAUUUCUGGAAGUCAGACUGCUGCACAUCAGUCUGGUCUGCCUGAGGUUUUGUCACACACUCAGGGUAGAGAAGCACAGUCUGAGGAUCAUCUGUCGGAAGAGACUUCUGAACCCGAGGCAGUUCCUGAGACUCAGUGUGAAGAACAAGAAAAACUGCAAGUAAAAGAGAAAGAAAUAAACGAAGAUGGGUCUCAUGUUAAUGUCAUGCUUUCUCAGAGGCUUAUUCCUGAGAGGGAAGGACAGUGUCAUGAAGAUAUGGAAGUGGAUUUUGCUGAUGGUUCUUGUAAAAAUAGCGAGAAUUUGUCUGAUCAAUCCCAGGAAUUAGAAAAGAUUGGACCGGAAAGCUGGGGAAGAGAAACUUCUGUAGGGGAGUUACUGGCACAGCACAACAACUUGUUUCCUAAGUUAAAGAGUGAUGUUCCGUCAGAGGUGGUGUUGUGUGCCAAAAGGCAUCCAGGUUGUUCAGAAAUAGGACAGGUAAUGAGGAGCCAGCCACUACUUCAAGAGACAGGAGUUGACGUGCUGGUGGCUCAGCAGAAGAGUCAUGUGCCAAACAAUGCAGAGGACACUGCUACAACAAGGAAUCUCGAGCAAGCAGAGCAGAAGUGGCCACUGGAGAAGGCAGCUGCUAAAUCCCCCAGUCCUCCCAGUGGAACUCAGUUUCAUUUUACUUUGCCAAAGGAGGGUGAUGUCAUUCAGCCCUUGACCAGCAUAACGCCACCUCUUAUUGGUCAGCUUAAAAUGGGACCCAGAAGACACAGCACACCAAUUGAGCCUGCAGCCAGUGACAGGAAAGAUGGAGCUGCUGCUGCUGCCAGGGAUGCUGCCAGCUCCCAGAAAGCAUCGUCUGUGUUCAGUCGUGUCUGUGAGGUUCGUCGCGAGGAUGAGGCCCGAGGUCGUGGUCUUUCCACGUCUCCGUUCAGGGGAAAUCUGUUCAGUUUUCCUGGCACACAAGAAGAUGAUGAAUUACAUAAAAAUCCCAGUGACUGGCAGUACCAGCAACACAAGGCAGGUGACUGUGGUGGACAGGUCCAUCCUCAGAGGAUGCAGCAGGACUGCCAUCGACAGCCCCCUGGUGCUGAGGAUGGGGAGUCUGUGGAGACUGGUACUGUUGGCACUCAGACAGAAGAAGGGAGAAGAAUGCAGAAGAAACGAAGUAAGGCUGUCAAAACUGAUGACAGCCGUGAGAGGUGGGCAAACACUAAGAACAAAGGGAUUCAAACUACAGCAGACUGUCCUUUUACCCCAACAACUGUUACAAAAGCAACACAAACGUCAGAAGAAAUCUGUAGACAGGUGGAAGUGGGAACCAGUAUGUCUAGGCAAAGACCUGGGCAACAAGACGCGAAUGUCCAAACUGAGGAGAGUGGGCGAAAGCUUGUGAAUGCCUCUGGAGAGGACACAGUCUCUCUGCACAGCCAGGGGGAGGAGGAGUUCCACCUCCGGCGCCCACCGAAGGGCCGCGUCCAGCGCCGCCAGGUGCGCACCGUCCGGGAGGUGCGCACGGUGGUCACUCGUGUGAUCACUGAUGUCCUCUACAUAGACGGGGCAGAGGUGGAGCGAAAGGUGGUUGAGGAAACCGAGGAGCCUGUAGUGGAGUGCCAGGAGUGUGAGACUGACACAUCCUCCUCUAGAACUGCAGCGGGCUCAUCACUGACCUCAGGGGACCUUGGUGAUGUCAGCUCCUUCUCAUCUAAGGCCUCAAGCCUCCACCGUACAUCUAGUGGAGCAAGCAGUGGUCACUCUGCCACACACAGUGGCAGCUCAGGGCGUGGAACCGGAGCUGUCAAAGGCAAAGUGUGUGGGACAGAAGCUGGAGAGUUUGCUUUACCCGUUCCCAGAAGUGUCUUAGGAAAAUUGAGCCCUAGGAAAGGAGCUGGUCAGCCAGCAUCUCCACUCAGAGGUGGCCAGCCAGGAGCACUGCCUGGUGAGGAAGAAGAGGAGUCUAUACUUGGUACUCGUCAGGGGGGCAAAGCGCCUGCGACACCUUGUGGGCGAGGAAGAAGAGGCCGCCCACCAUCUCGAGCAGCAGGAGCAAGAGAUUCAGCUGGGCUGCCAGGUGUGGAGGAUCUCUCAACUACAGCAUCACCCGAGGAGAAAUCACUCACUCGUUCAGGUCGCCUGCCAGAUGGAGGGGAGAAAUCUGACACUUCUGGGUUCUGUGCCUUACGCCGAAGUGACUCUCCAGAAAUACCAUUACAAGUGGAGACUGGUCCUCUGGAUGGUGCAGACUCAUCCUCUGGGAGCAGCUUUGUAGGCCUCAGGGUUGUAGCAAAGUGGUCCUCAAAUGGGUACUUCUAUUCUGGGUUGAUUACCCAAGAUGUUGGGGCAGGAAAAUACAAGCUGCUCUUUGAUGAUGGAUAUGAAUGUGAUGUGCUGGGAAAAGAUAUUUUACUCUGUGAUCCUAUCCCACUGGAGACUGAGGUGACUGCACUUUCAGAGGAUGAGUACUUUAGUGCAGGUGUGGUGAAGGGACACCGGAAGGAGUCUGGAGAGUUCUACUAUUGCAUUGAAAAGGAAGGCCAGAGGAAGUGGUACAAACGAAUGUCUGUUAUACUGUCUCUGGAACAAGGAAAUAAGCUCCGGGAGCAGUUUGGGCUAGGUCCUUAUGAACCUGUCACCCCCCUGACCAAAGCAGCUGACAUCAGUCUUGAUAACCUUGUGGAGGGGAAGCGGAAGCGACGAGGGAACCUGGGUUCCCCCAGCACGUCCAGCAGCAGCACGACUCCCCCUCGCAAGGGGCAGGAGAGUCCCCGCCUCCCGCCGGGCCCGCUCGCUGGGAAGAGGAAACUUGUUGCCUCUGACAGUGAGAGGUCCCCGGCUAAGCGUGGCCGCAAGUCCACAGCGAUAAAGCCUGCGGCUGUGAGAGCUGGAGAGUUUGUAAGCACCUGUGAAGGUGUAGAUGCUGUAGAUCCCCCAGUACUGGAGGACCAUCAUGGACCCUUGCCCAGCAAUAAGACCCUCUUCUUGGGCUAUGCCUUUCUCCUCACCAUGGCAACACCCAGUGACAAAUUGGUCAAUGACCAGAAGCUAUCCGAUGGUCCCACAGGGAGUAGUGAGGAGGAAGAAGAAUUUUUAGAGAUUCCUCCGUAUGACAAACACUACACAGCACAGCAGCUGCGAGCAGGAGCUGGCUACAUCCUGGAAGACUUCAAUGAAACACAGUGUAAUGCAGCCUAUCAGUGUCUCUUAAUUGCCGACCAGCAUUGCCGAACUCGGAAGUACCUGCUGUGCCUUGCCAGAGGGAUCCCUUGUGUGUCCCACGUCUGGGUCCACGACAGCUGUCAUGCUAACCAGCUCCAGAACUACCGAAAUUACCUUUUGCCAGCUGGUUAUAGCCUCCAGGAGCAAAAAUUGCUAGAAUGGCACCCGAGAGAAAAUCCAUUCCAUAACCUGAAGGUUCUCCUGGUGUCAGACCAGCAGCAGAACUUCCUGGAUUUGUGGUCUGAAAUCCUCAUGACAGGGGGAGCAUCAUCUGUUAAACAGCAUUACUCAGAUGCUCACAACAAAGAUGUCGCCUUGGGUGUUUACGACGUGGUGGUGACUGAUUUUUCCUGCCCAGCUGGGGUCUUGAAGUGUGCAGAAGCCUUACAGCUGCCUGUUGUCUCACAGGAGUGGAUAAUCCAGAGCCUUAUUGCUGGGGAGAGAGUAGGCUACAACAAACAUCCUAAGUAUAAACAUGACUAUGUCCCCCACUAAGCUAAAAUUUUUCUCUGCUGUCCCACUGUUGUGCAGACUGUUUUAAUAAGGUUUUAAAUGUUUGUGUAAUUGGACAGUGUGCAUGGAUUACUGUAUAUAGUUUUAUCUGCUCGACUUUUAUGUUGAAAUAAAUGUUCAAUCUCUUGUGGU